AUGCCCUGUCCCCGUCGGCGCUGCUCCGCCCCCUCCGGAGCAGCUAAUGUUAUUGUAUUCGGCCAACCUGUCGACCGCGUGUACUCAGAACUCCCGCCACCUCGCGCUGACAUUGAUGCGUGUUUGGCUAUCCUGUUUGUUGGAUCCGCCAAACCUUCCGAGGAGGACGUUCGUCGCACCCCCUUCCUUGUACGCCGCAACAAAGUGUUUAAUGCCCUGUCGUGGCUGAAGCUCAACCACCCAAUGUAUUUCGACCUCACUAUCUCGACCACGAACUUACAGUCUUAUCCAGAGGAUAUGCCCCCUGUUGGCAUUGUCUACAGGCCUGGCCCUGCUACUCCCUCUGCUGAGUCUCUCGCCGUUUACGAGGCUUCCUCCGAUCGCAGUACGUCCUCCGGUGCGGCCCCGUUCAUCGUUCAUGGCCUUGAUGGGCCUGAACUCGCUCGCAUGUCGUAUGAUGCUAAAAUCGCACUUGCAAUCCGUCAUUUAGACGAAGGUCAUGCUGCUUUAGCAUACGGCCAUAACACCAUUCCUGAAUCAAUUUAUCAUAACAGCGCGCUCUUUCCAGGAAUGUUCCCCUGGUUGUAUCCUUUCGGCCGGGGAGGAUUCGAAAAUGAGCUCAUCGUCACUAGACUGGACCGUGUAGAGCACAUCAGGGCGUCUCUCCUGUAUCACGACCGGCGAUUUCAGACAGAUAGAUAUCCGAGCGAGCUCUCGAGGAGGUUACCUCCUCACUCAUAG